CUCGCUUGCAAUAAAGGGCCAGAUGGCUGUGCUGGCCAAUUUAUACACAGGUCUCUCAGCAGAAACGCUGUCAGCCCCAUCUCCAAGGUUAGCAGGUGGACUUGACCCCUCCUCGGCGCCUAGCCCUGUUGGCAGCUAGCAGAGUGGCAAGACUUGGACUGGCUUUAAGGAGCAGCCAUCUCUAGAGUCAGUAAGUGAUUUGGCAGGAUCAGCCAAGAGUGCUGAGAACCGGACUGAGAAUCAGAGGAAACAUGAGCAAUCCUCAGCCUUUGGAGGAGGAGGUAUACGACAUGUCAGGCGCCCGCUUAGCCCUGACACUGUGUGUCACCAAAGCCCGGGAAGGUUCAGAGGCAGACCUGAAUGCUCUGGAACGCAUGUUCCAGCAGCUGGGAUUUGAGAGCACCAUGAAGAGAGACCCCACUGCCCAGCAAUUCCAGGAAGAGCUGGACAAUUUUCAGCAGGCCAUGGAUGCUCGGGAUGACCCCAUCAGCUGUGCUUUUGUGGUGCUCAUGGCACAUGGGUUAGAAGGUCAACUCAAGGGGGAGGACGGACAAAUGGUGGAACUGGAAAACCUUUUCGAGGUUCUGAACAACAAGAACUGCCGGGCCCUGAGAGCCAAGCCUAAGGUGUACAUCGUGCAGGCCUGUCGAGGAGAACAAAGAGACCCUGGUGAAACAAUAAGUGGAGGUGAUAUUGUAAUGAUCACAAAGGACAGUCCCGAGACCAUCCCGACAUACACAGACAUCCUCCACGUCUACUCAACUGUGGAGGGGUACAUCUCAUACAGACAUGACAAAGAGGGCUCCUGCUUCAUCCAGACCCUGGUUGAUGUGUUCACAGAGAGGAAAGGACCCAUCCUGGAGCUUCUGACAGAGGUGACCCGGCGGAUGGCAGAAGCAGAGCUGGUUCAGGAAGGAAAACCAAGGAAAGUGAAUCCCGAAAUCCAAAGCACCCUUCGAAAACGGCUCUAUCUGCAAUAGAAGUGGAAAGGGCAGGGAGGGGCUGUCUUUCAAGUGCUCUCUCUGCCCCAUGGAUGUUUAGAGGCAGCUCCCACUACUCCCCUAAAAUCUUCUCUUCCCAAGGCCAAAUGGCAUCCAGCCUUUCUUUCAUCACAACCCUCAUACAGAUCCUCUAUCUGUCCCUGUCCUUCUUAAAGCAAGUGAGCCGAAACACAGCACAAGGCACAGCAGUAACAUUAACACUCACUUCCCUCAGGGUGGAAUUUUUACCUCUAUUAAUACAACCUUAGAGUUGUAUUAAUUGAGUUUCUCUUAACUGAGUUUCUGUUCCUAUCUCCAACUGAAACACUUUUCUUUCUCCCAUUAAUUAUACCUAUGCAAAUGUAACUGCAAUUUUAAACCUCAAGAUUUUCCACUGAUAAACCAAUGCCCA